AGAUUUCGACGUCAAGAAAUCUAGAUAGAGAAAGAUGGACGCCAAAAAGCAGCAGCAGUCCGAAGGGCAGAAAACAGAAGGUUUGCCUUUGCAAGACAGUCCGUACACGCAAUACAAAGAUUUGGAAGACUACAAAAUGCAAGGAUACGGUGCUCAUGGCCACCAACAACCGGAGCCUGGCCGUGGAGCAGCCGCCUCCACUGACGCCCCCACGUCCGGCAGUGGCAAGCUUCCGUCUCAAUCUAACAAGGGUAAUGAUCCUGCCACCACCACCACCACCACCACUACAGCAACUGAUACAGUCAACAAAUACGGCGUACCUUGAAAUGUUUUCUGGGGUGGAAAUCUUGUGUUGCCUUGGUAAUAACUAAUAUAUAAUAAUUAAAGCUUUGAGUUUUUUUGUAGGUAGUGUUAGCUUCCAUUCCAUGUAUGUAAUAUGCAAGGCCCGAGUCAUAUCAUAUAUUGAUUCAAACUUCUUUUGUUUUUGCGA